GAGGACGGGAGGGAGAGGGAUAAUACCAGUUGUGAAUGCAUGAAUGUAGUGCUUGGGCUUAAACUGACUUGAGGGCAAGUGGCGCACAGGAACACGGAGAGUGUAUGUGUCAUCAAGCUGGCCAACUCGCCCCACUUUGAUCCCACUGCCCCUCAACCAUCCUGCUGAACAGCAAGUAAAAGGGGAUACAUACCUGAUUGUUACUAUAAGCGCGGGAUAAAUUGUCGUGCACGCAGCCGAGUACACAGUUUGAAGAGGAGAGAGGAUGCUUAACAACGUGACAACGGACUGCGAGGAAGGAGAGGGGAGCCCGAACAACCAGGGUGAUGGAAACCCCAAGGAGAGCAGUCCUUUCAUCAACAGCUGUGCCUCUAGUGAUGUGGAGAAGAGCCAGCAGUAUGAUGGCAAGAACAUGGCCCUGUUUGAGGAAGAGAUGGAUACCAGUCCGAUGGUGUCCUCUUUGCUCAGCAGCCUUGCCAACUACUCCAACCUGCCAACAGGGAGCAAAGAGCAUGAGGAGGCUGAGAACAAUGAGGAGGGUGCACGUCCAUCUAAAAAAGCCAUCAAGGCUCCACAACUGGGAACACUGAUGGGUGUUUACUUGCCAUGUAUUCAGAAUAUUUUUGGUGUGAUCCUCUUCUUGCGUAUGACCUGGAUGGUCGGGAUUGGAGGCGUCCUUGGGUCCUUCAUUAUUGUCUUCAUGUGUUGCUCCACAACUAUGCUCACGGCCAUCUCCAUGAGUGCCAUUGCCACAAACGGAGUGGUCCCGGCUGGGGGUUCCUACUACAUGAUCUCUCGCUCACUUGGGCCUGAGUUCGGUGGCGCUGUUGGGAUUUGUUUCUACUUGGGCACAACUUUUGCUGGUGCCAUGUACAUCCUUGGUUGUAUUGAAAUCCUCCUGAUUUAUAUUGUUCCUCAGGCAGCCAUCUUCAAGAUCGAGGGCUUGGAAGGGCUGGAAGCAGAGGCCGCCCUCCUAAAUAAUAUGCGGGUAUACGGCACCAUAGUUCUCAGCUUCAUGGCUCUGGUGGUGUUUGUAGGGGUGAAAUAUGUCAACAAGCUGGCGCUGGUCUUCCUCGCUUGUGUCAUCCUCUCCAUCCUGGCUGUCUAUGCUGGAGUCAUAAAGACCGCCAUUGACCCGCCCAUCUUCCCUGUGUGCCUCCUGGGAAAUAGAACCCUCGUCUCCAAGGGCUAUGACGUCUGUGCAAAAGUCAUUGAAAUCGACAACGAAACAGUCACCACCCAACUGUGGCGCUCUUUCUGUGAUUCUGACUACAUCAACGCCACUUGCGAUGACUACUUCCGUGACAACAACGUCACAGAGAUACAAGGCAUUCCAGGAGUCACGAGUGGAAUCCUGGCAGAAAACUUGUUUGGCAAUUAUUUGGAAAAAGGAGUGAUUGUAGAGAAGAGAGGACUGGCAUCCCAAGUCGACCCAGACAGUUCUGCUUCCAGCACUAACCGCUUUGUGCUCGCCGACAUCACUAGCUUCUUCACUCUGCUGGUGGGAAUAUACUUCCCAUCUGUCACAGGUAUCAUGGCGGGUUCCAAUCGCUCUGGAGACCUACGUGAUGCUCAGAAAUCCAUCCCCAUUGGCACCAUUGCAGCCAUCACAACCACAUCUGCUGUGUAUAUGUCCUGUGUGGUGCUCUUUGGUGCUUGUAUAGAGGGUGUUGUCCUGAGGGACAAGUUUGGUGAAGGGGUGAACGGUAACCUGGUGAUCGGGACUCUGGCAUGGCCAUCUCCGUGGGUCAUUGUUUUUGGGUCAUUUUUCUCCACCUGUGGAGCAGGACUCCAGAGUCUUACGGGAGCGCCACGCCUCCUGCAGGCUAUCUCGAGAGAUGGUAUCAUUCCAUUUCUUCGAAUCUUUGGACAUGGUAAAGCCAAUGGGGAGCCCACCUGGGCCCUCCUGCUCACAGCGAGCAUUUGUGAGAUUGGCAUCAUCAUUGCUUCUUUAGAUGCCGUCGCACCCAUCCUUUCCAUGUUCUUCUUGAUGUGCUACAUGUUUGUUAACCUUGCCUGUGCGCUCCAAACCUUACUGAGGACUCCAAACUGGAGGCCACGUUUUAAGUUCUACCACUGGGCUCUAUCAUUCCUGGGUAUGAGCUUGUGUCUGUCACUUAUGUUCAUCUGCUCCUGGUAUUAUGCCAUCGUUGCCAUGGGAAUUGCCAGCUGCAUCUACAAAUACAUUGAAUUCUGUGGAGCUGAGAAAGAGUGGGGUGAUGGGAUACGUGGCAUUUCCCUGAGCGCUGCUCGGUUUGCUCUCAUGAGGUUGGAGGAGGGACCACCACAUACCAAGAACUGGAGGCCUCAGAUCCUGGUUCUUGUCAGUAUGGAUGCCGAGCAAAAUGUCGAGCAGCCUCGUCUGAUCUCGUUAACAAAUCAGCUGAAAGCAGGGAAGGGUCUCACUAUUGUUGGCACCUCUGUUCAAGGAAAAUUCCUUGACAACUAUACCGAGGCCCAAAGGGCAGACCAGUCUUUGCGGAAACUGAUGGAGACAGAGAAGGUGAAGGGCUUCCCCCAAGUGGUCAUAUCCUCCAAUUUAAGAGAUGGGACAUCACACUUGAUCCAGGUUGGAGGGCUUGGAGGUUUGAAGCACAACACAGUGAUGGUCAGUUGGCCACAUAGCUGGAAACAGCCUGAGUCCCACCAACAAUUCCGCGAUUUUAUUGAGGUGGUCAGAGAGACCACAGUGGCCAGUUUGGCCUUGUUGGUUCCCAAAAACAUCUCUAGCUACCCGUCCAAUGGAGAGCGCUUCACUGAAGGACACAUUGAUGUGUGGUGGAUAGUCCAUGAUGGAGGCAUGCUCAUGCUUCUUCCCUUCCUGCUGCGUCAGCAUAAGGUGUGGAGGAAAUGCAAGAUGCGCAUUUUCACUGUGGCUCAGAUGGAUGACAACAGUAUUCAGAUGAAAAAGGAUGUCAUAACUUUCCUCUACCACCUGCGCAUUGAUGCUCAGGUGGAAGUUGUGGAGAUGCACGACAGUGACAUCUCAGCCUACACCUAUGAAAAGACACUUGUAAUGGAACAGCGCUCACAGAUCCUCAAGCAGAUGCAUCUGACCAAGAAUGAGAUGGAGCGAGAGAUUCAGAGCAUAACAGAUUCAUCACGCGGGUCCAUCCGGCGUAAAAAAUCCUUUGCCUCACGCUCACAACACAGCACUGAGGAAGGAGCCAGAAUGGGCGAACAUCCAGAAGAGGAGGUCCAGCUCAUCCACAAUAAGAACGCCUCAACACCUGCCAGCCCUACCAGCCCCACUGCCCCUGCUGGGGUUGGAAGAACCUGGACAGACAAUAAGGAGGUUGGCAAGGGGAAGACUCUGGAGGCGGGCAAAGACCCCUUCAGCAUGAAACCGGAAUGGGAAAACUUGAACCAGACUGACGUGAGACGCAUGCACACAGCUUUGCGACUCAAUGAGGUCAUCAUAAAAAAAUCCAAGGAGGCUAAGCUCGUCCUGCUCAACAUGCCUGGACCCCCCAAAAAUCGAACCAACGAGACUAAGGCCAUGGACAAUGCAGUAUACAAGGAUUAUCCUUUUUUUGCCGACAUUCAGGUGAUGAUAUUCCUCGGCUUUGGAUGCCUCCUGGCAUUUUUCCGACUCUAUGGAUUCGGAGGGAUGGUUUUCAACUUUCUUGUAGCUACCUUUUCCAUCCAAUGGGCCAUUCUAGUGCAGGGGUACUUCCAGUUCAGUCAUGAUGGUAAGAUCCAACUUGGUGUGAUCAACCUCAUCAAUGCAGAGUUUGCCUGCGCCGUGGUGCUCAUCUCUUUCGGGGCAGUAUUGGGCAAGACAAGUCCGCUGCAGCUGCUGGUCAUGGCUCUCCUGGAGGUGCCGGUAUUUGCAGUCACUGAAUGGGCAGUGCUGAAGUACCUGAAGAUAAACGACGCUGGAGGCUCCAUCCUGAUUCACCUCUUUGCCUGUUAUUUCGGCUUGGCAGUCACCUUUGUGCUGUACAGACCUCGUCUCAAUGAAGGUCACGCCAAGGAGACCACCAGCUAUCAGUCGGACAUCCUGUGCAUGAUGGGGACCUUGUUCCUCUGGGUCUUCUGGCCCUCCUUCAACUCGGCAUUAACCCUGAAAGGCGAUGACCAGCACAGGGCCAUCCUCCACACCUUCAUUGGCCUCUGUGCCUCCACCCUCACGGCCUUUGCUCUAUCUGCACUACUCAACAAAAAUGGAAAACUCAGCAUGGCGGACAUCCAGAAUGUGACCUUGGCUGGAGGCGUGACGGUCGGGGCAUCCGUAGAUAUGAUGAUAUCACCGGCGGCAGCAUAUGCCCUGGGGAUGGUAGGCUGCAUCGCAUGCAUGCUAGGCUACAAGUACCUGAGCCCUGUCUUGGCACAACGCUUCCGAAUCCAGGAUCAAUGUGGAAUACAUAAUUUGCAUGGGCUAACAGGACUCAUAUCCUCCGCUGCUGGGAUUUAUGCAAUAAUGGUGGCGAAAGAGGAAGUCUAUGGCCCUAGUAUGUAUGACACUUUUAGGCACAGAGCCCCAAAAGAAGGGGAUCCCAAGUUGCUUGAGCUGCAGGCAUUAAUUCCUGGACUGCAGCCAGGUUUGGGCCGGAGUGCCCGAGAACAGGCUCUCUUCCAGGUGGCUGCCAUCUUCUCCACCAUAGCAGCGGCCGCCAUCGGAGGCGUGCUCACAGGCAUAGUCUUGAAAAUCCCUUACCUCUCCUCACCUUCAGAUGAUUUAUGUUUUGAUGACAAACUAUAUUUUGUUGUGCCCCAGGAUAGUUACUCGCCACUGAAACAAAACAAAGACACACAUAAAGAGGAAACUGUUGCCUAACACAUCGUGCUCUCCUUACCGAAAUAAUGAAAAUAAAAUUGUCUUUUAAAAGUGCUUCAAAAUAAUAUUUUGUGAUGACAUGAUAUGUAUAUUUUGCAGUCAUUGUAUUUAUUGCCCCAGUAAAUCGAAUGUUUUAUAAAAUGUGGAUAAUUAUGAACAUGAAUAUUGUGUUUGGCAUAGAGACACGUCACACAUUUGUGUCAUUAACAAAGUAAAGAUAUUACACUGUGUCUAACUGUAAAUGACUGAAUGGAACAAAUAUUUGUAAUGUUUCUGUUAUGACUCAAAAAUAUCUACUGUAAAGGUAUGAUGCCCUGAUUAUCUAAUUAGAUUCAUACAAUUCACCCCAGCGUUUAAAGUAUUCUUUUUUUAAAAACAGAUUACAUUCGAAAUCGGGAGUCACAGAAAUAGUGGCUGUACAUAUGACGGGUUUAAGACGGGCAAAUGAUUGACGCACUUGCUUCCUCUCUACUUCUUUGUUGUGUCUAGUUAAAUACAAGUUCUUUGUCAUCUCUGCUUGUGA